AUGGCCACUCCAAAUCUUGAUUCGGCCUCAGGUACUGGUCAAUACCAGGAUCAUCCAGACGCGCCCCUGCCGAUCCGGGUGGAGCAGUCGGCAUCGAACUCGAGAUCGGAGCAGAGAUCGUCUUCAACGCAAACUCACCGCGACGAUGAACGCUACUGCGAAAGCGACGAAGCCGAAUCCCAAGCACUGGCUCAGUCAGAUCCCAUUCCUAUCGAGGACGACGAGGAAGCCAUCGCUAUUGCCGCGGCUUCGCGACCCCGCCAUGCAUGGCAGGUAUGGUGGUUGCGCAAUAAGGGUAUGGGGCUUGUCCUGUUGGCGCAGGCUUUCGCUGCCUCGAUGAAUGUCAUGACGCAGGUCUUGGAGAUUCAUAGUUCUAUGCAUCCUUUCCAGAUCCUCUUCGCCCGCAUGUCCAUAACAGCAGUCGCAAGCUAUCUAUACAUGUACAUCGCCUCUACACCCUCCCCACUCGGCACACGCCCCGUCCGCGGUCUCCUCCUCCUCCGCGCCCUCUUCGGCUUCACCGGCGUCUACGGCCUCUACUACUCCGUACAAUACCUCCCCCUCUCCGAAGCAACCGUGAUCACCUUCCUCUCCCCGAUAAUCUCCUGCUACGCCUGCUCGCUCCUCAUCCCCGGCGAGACCUUUUCCCGAAAACAGCUCCUCGCCGGCCUCAUCUCCCUCGGCGGCGUCGUGCUCAUCGCCCGCCCCUUCAGCAAGCGCGACCCCAGCAUGACCAUCGCAACCCCAACCGCCACCGCAGCCUGGGCAUUAGGCCUGUCCACUUCAACGGUCGAUAGACCCCCUUCCGAAACAGACUCCUACCACCAUGUCAUGGCGACGAUCGUCGCUUUCCUCGGCGUGCUCGGUGCUUCGGGUGCUUACACUUCCAUCCGUAUGAUCGGCCGUCGUGCGCACCCCCUCGUUUCGGUUACGUACUUCUCGUCCGUGACGACGGUUAUUUCGUUCGUUGCGAUGUUGACCGUGCCUUCUGUGCCGUUCCGGGUGCCUAAUACCGUUGUGGAGUGGACGCUGUUGACGGGGCUGGGUGUCUGCGGGUUCCUGUUGCAGUUUUUGUUGACGGCGGGUUUGUCGUAUGUCCCGCCUGCGUCUGUGUCGGAUGGGAAGCCCAUGGCGCAGGGGGCACGUGCCACAUCGAUGGUUUAUAUGCAGAUGUUCUUUGCGGUGUUUUAUGACAAGGUGGUUUGGGGGAGUACGCUGAGUCCGAUUAGCUGGGUUGGGUCGGGGAUUAUCUUGGCCUGUGCGGUGUAUGUGGCGUUUGCGCAGGAGAGUCCUGUUCAACAAGGGAGUGGCAGUGGAGUGGAGUAUCGUGAUGUUGGAGGAUACAAGGACGCCACUGACGAGGAGAGAGGGGAGGAGAGGGGGAAUUGA